AUGGAUAAGUACGAAAACACCAACGAUAUUUCGAACUUCUUAAUAGGACAAGAAUUAAUAAUUGAUAAAUUAUUAUUUGAAAAAAAAUAUCUAACUAACAAAAGAAAAAGUAAAAUAAAAGGUACUAAUAAACUUAGUUAUUAUUUGAAUGAUAAAUUCAAUACUUUCUUGGGAUAUGACAACUUUAUAAAUACUAUAUAUAAAAAGGAAAAGAAAUUUAAAUGUAAUAUAUCUGAACGGAAAAAAGGAAAAAGAGAGAAAAAAAUAAAAACCGAAACGAUUAAUUCAAAUGAUUCAUCAUCUGAAUAUAAGAGUAAGAACAGUAACCCUAGUAGUUUAAAAUUAAAAAAUAAAAGAUGUGCCAAUACAAGUAGUAUUGAUGCGCCUAUUAAAAAGAGGCGUGAAGGGAGUCCUGAAAGGAAUAAUGUGGAAAAAAAUGAGAUCACGAUCGAGUCAAAAGAACAGUCAUUACAUGAUGAUAACGAAAAUAAAUACUUAAACACAUGCAAAGAAAUGAAAAAUGACAAUAAAUUAUUGAACAACAUAAAUAGUGAUAUAAUAAAAAAGGAAACAGAAGCAUGCAAUUUUUUGUAUACUACACAAUUAUUAAAUAAUAAUAUGAACAACUUUUCAGAUGCAGUAGAAUCAAAUAAUUGUACAAGUUCUUCAUGGCAUUCUGACACAAGUGAAAUAUCAAAUGUAUCACCAGAUAUGGUAUGCUUUGAAAAACAGUUUAAAUAUAUUUAUGAUAUGUACAAGAAGAAUGAUAAAAAUGUAUAUUUAUUUUAUAAUCCACCUGUGUGUAAAUGUACUAAUAAAUUUUUAAAGGAACGAUAUUUUCAAAAUUUAUAUAUACAAUAUCCUUGCCUUUUCAAUUGUUCCUUCAACGAUGAUAUACAAAUUGAAAAAGGUGAUAACAUAAAGAAAGAAGAAGAUAUAAAACAUGAACAAGUUGGCAAUACUGACGGGAAAAAUAAUUGUACUACGAGUAAAGAAAUUAAAGAAGAAGGUAUAAAUAUGAAAAAGGAUGAAAUAAAUAAUCAUAUUAUAAAUGAAGAACAAAAUAACAAAAUUAACAACAUGAACAAAAUAUCCAUUGGAGAAGUAUCAUCUUAUGCAGUUGAGUUAAAACUUUAUGCAAAAGCAUUUUUUGAAUUAUAUUUUUUUGAGAAAUGUUAUGAUAAAAUAAAAAAUGAUUGUGUACACACAUGGGGAAGAAAAGUAAAUAGUGAUAAUUAUAGUAGUGCUCAAAAUGAAGUGGGUCAAAGUGAAUGCAUGACGAAUGAACCUAUUACUUCUUUAACUAAGGAAGAUGAGGAUAUGUUGAAAACAUAUUUUUAUAAAUGUUUAUAUAAAAUUAUAACAAAUAAAUCGAACACAUGUAAUAAUAAUUCAUGUUGUGGAUUAUUAUAUGUGCCAUAUAGUUAUAUUAUAGUUAUUUUAAAUAGAAAAGUUGAAAAUUUGACUUAUGUAUGUACAAAUUUAAAACUUCCUUCAAAUACAGAUAUAUAUUAUAAUAAUAAAAAAAAUGUUAUAACUAUAUGUACAAAAAAUUUAGAGCAUGAGUUUUUUAUAUAUUAUUGUUUAAAGCAGGAUAAAUACAUUAAGAACAUAAUAAUUUAUGAUAUUUAUUAUGAUGGGUUUAUACCUUUUUUUAAACCCCUACUUAAUUUGAAAAGUAAGAAAAAUCAAGAAAACAUUAUUAACUAUAUUAAUUAUAAUAAGAAUGUUAAUUUAUCAAUAGUUUUUUUUUUGACACAAUCGAGAGAAAAAGAAAGUAAGAAUAAAACAUCAAACGAAAAUGACAAUACAAAAUGUGAAACAAUUCGAAAUAUUUGUUCUGAUAAAGAAGAGGAAGUUAAUAAUGAAAAAAAUAUUGUUAGUGAUAAUGUGAAUGAUACUUUGAAUGGACUAAGGCCAAAUGGGCCAAGCGAAAAAGAAAUAGAAGAAGCAAAAAACAUGAAUCUUCAAAUAUGUAGAAUUGUGAAUAUAAACCAUAGGAUUGGGUUCAAGCUUGGUACUAAUACACAUGCCAAUAGUAGUAGUAGCACUAAUCGAAUGAAUGUUAAUAAAAGAAAUUCCCAUUUAACUAGCCAAAGAGAUGAAAAUAAUAUUGAGAAUUAUUUUUCGAAUAUAUGUAAUGGAAGUGAAGUUAUUAAUAAUAUGAAUAUAAAUAUGGUUGUCGAUAAGAUUUUAAAAAUUGUUAAUAAAAAAGAUAGUAUGUGUAAUGAUAAAUGUAUAUAUCAUAAUUAUAAUAAAAAUAAUAUGAAAAAUAAACAAGUUCAAAUAUAUUUAUGUGAAGCAAUAAAUUCAUUCGCUUUUGAUCGACGCCCAUUGUGUAUUAAAAAAAGAGAUAUAACUUUAUCAACUUAUGCUAAUUUUUAUAAAAUUAUUAACAAUUAUAAUAUUAAUAAAAAUCAAAAUAAAUUACAUGACAUAAUUAAAAAUCAUUUGGAUCAAGAUGUUUUUAAAAAAGGAGUUAUGAAAAACCAUAUUUUAUUAAAUUGUGGUUAUUCAAGUAAAGGGAAAGAUAAUAAAACUUGUCAGAUUGAAGAAGCUCAAACAAAUGAAUUUCCCGAGGGUAUCAAAACAGGAACAGAAUGUUUGAGCAAUGAUGACAAAGAUACAUCCAUUAAAAAUAAUAUAAAUGAACAAAACGAAUCACAGAUAUAUACAGAGAAUAAUUCUAAUAUAGCUUUAAAAAGUGAAAGAAAAAAUAUAUGUUCUACAUCCGAUGAUGAAAAAAUAAAAACAAAAGAAACAGAUAAUAUAUUUAAUGAAAUGUUUUUUAUUUUUAAUGAUAACUCUGAUCUAUAUACUUAUGAAGAAUGCAAACAAAGUAGAAUAGAUAGUAUAAAUAAAGUAAAUGAAAACAAUAUAAAAAAAAAUCGUACUUAUAAUCGUAAUGCAUUAUGGGAUAUGCUAUCAACAAGAUAUUUACAAGCUCUAUUUAAUAUUUAUGUAUGUUCAUAUUUAAUAGAACAAAACAAUUAUAAUAUAAAUCGUAUGGAAAAAAAGAAAAAAAAAAAGUUAAAAAGUAUACCUUAUGAAUACAAAGAAAAUAUUAUUAAAAAUUAUUAUUACUACCUGUUUAAAUUGUAUAAAAAUAAAUUCAAUGUAAUUUUAGAAGAAUCUGAAGAAGAUAUGAUACAUAAAAGUGUUUGGAAAUAA